AACAGAGUUGGGUAUCCUGUAUACAGCAGUUGUCCCCAAGGAAGCAACUCUCCAUCACAUCACAUCGCGGAAUCUAAAAAAGAAUUCAUCAAUCCUCCAUUUUCUAAAAGAAAAGGAAAGAAUUCAUCAAUUCUGCCCUGCCGCAGCUGCGUCCUAUAAAUACCCUACACGCGUAGCCAUCUUCUGCAAUCAUCAAAACACCUGUAAUCAUCUUCUGAAUUCAUCAAUUCAGAGUUCAGAGCAGAGUGUCCCUGCUUCUGUGCAGAGGAGAGAGAUCGAGCUAUAGAGCUAGCCUGGCUGCUGCCAUGGCGACCGGACGACGCCUCUCCAUGAUCCUCCUCCUCCUCCUUCUCGGCUUGGCUUCCGGCGACAAGAUUCUCUUCCAGGGGUUCAACUGGGAGUCGUGGAGGCAGAGCGGAGGGUGGUACAACCUGCUGAUGGGGAAGGUCGACGACAUCGUCGCCGCCGGCGUCACGCACGUCUGGCUGCCGCCGCCGUCGCACUCCGUCUCCACGCAAGGGUACAUGCCUGGGCGGCUGUACGACUUGGAUGCGUCUAGGUACGGCACGUCGAUGGAGUUGAAGUCGUUGAUCAGCGCGCUCCACGGCAAGGGCAUUCAGGCGAUCGCUGACGUGGUGAUCAACCACCGCUGCGCCGACUACAAGGACAGCCGCGGCAUCUACUGCAUCUUUGAGGGCGGCACACCUGACGGCCGCCUCGACUGGGGCCCCCACAUGAUCUGCCGCGAUGAUACCCAGUUCUCCGACGGCACAGGCAACCUCGACACCGGCGCCGACUUCGCCGCUGCCCCCGACAUUGACCACCUCAAUGGUGUCGUCCAGCGGGAGCUCACCGACUGGCUCCUCUGGCUCAAGUCUGACGAGGUUGGCUUCGAUGCGUGGCGGCUCGACUUCGCAAGGGGGUACUCGCCGGAGGUGGCCAAGGUGUACAUUGAGGGGACAACGCCGGUGGGGUUGGCGGUGGCGGAGCUGUGGGACUCGAUGGCGUACGGCGGAGACGGGAAGCCGGAGUACAAUCAGGACGCACACCGGCAGGCGUUGGUGGACUGGGUGGACAGGGUGGGUGGGACGGCGUCGGCGGGGAUGGUGUUCGACUUCACGACGAAGGGGAUCAUGAACACGGCGGUGGAGGGGGAGCUGUGGCGGCUGAUCGACCAGCAGGGGAAGGCACCGGGGGUGAUCGGGUGGUGGCCGGCAAAGGCUGUCACCUUCGUCGACAACCACGACACUGGCUCGACGCAACAGAUGUGGCCAUUCCCCUCCGACAAGGUCAUGCAGGGCUACGCCUACAUCCUCACCCAUCCCGGCAACCCAUGCAUCUUCUACGACCAUUUCUUCGAUUGGGGGUUAAAGGAGCAGAUCGCGGCGCUGGUGGCGGUGAGGCAGCGGAACGGCGUGACGGCGACGAGCUCGCUCAAGAUCAUGCUGCACGACGCCGACGCCUACGUCGCCGAGAUCGACGGCAAGGUGGUGAUGAAGAUCGGCUCCCGCUACGACGUCUCCAGCCUCAUCCCGCCCGGCUUCCACCUCGCCGCCCACGGCAACGGCUACGCCGUCUGGGAGAAAAUCGCCGCCGCCGCCGCCGCCGCCGAUCAUCGCACCUCUUCCAGCGCAUCGCUCUGAUUGAUUAGCGAUAUGAUGCUUGUGUGCCACCUCUUAUGUUUUACUUCUGCUGUAUAUGGAACAGGCUCUUCUACCUUUAAAGGUACGUACUUUCGUCACUGAUAUGUGGGAUCGAUAAACCAUGGGUCUAACUGUUAGUGAUAAAGCCAUGAUGACUUUGAAGAUAUAGGAUUUCAAUCCCUGUAUAUAGAUAAGUACAUAUGUAAUAUACAUACGCAUGAUUAGUGACAUAUAUAUACACUACAUUGCCUUGGCUGUGAUCGACCGUCGGUAUUGGCUGGAGAUGUAAACCAUUUAUAUUAUCUUAAGAGAAAAAUAUAUACACAGUUAACCGAGCA